CCACAAGUGAGACGUUGAGAUAUUUCGGUUUAAAACCCAAUAUUUUUGCUGCAUUUUCAAGUCUACUCUUCAAUUUGUGAUAUCAGAAAGAUUCCCAAGUUAUUUCUUGGUAUUGCCCAGUAUGCUGUUCCUUGUAAAGGCAGCAUAGUAAGAUUUCCAAGUUAUUUCUUGGUAGUGCGCAAAAUUACCCUUGUUAUCCACAAAAAGGUUGGUGUUCUAUGGUAAAGAUGUACUCGCCAUUGUACUUGCCAUUCCCAAGUUAUUUCUUGAUAGUACGUAAAAUAAUUCUUAUUAUCCACAAAAAGGUUGGUGUCCAAUGGUAAAAGAUGUACUCGUUUCUUAUGACGUCACAAGAUCAUGAGUUGGAAUUCUGGCUAUCACUCCCUAAAAAAACAAAAUCCGGAAGUUUGAACAUGCGCCUAGUUCAUUUGUUCAUUUAGAUGAAUGUAUAAUCAAGUUGUGGAAAUAUGUAGUAAUGACAUGAUCUACUCUGAAAAGAAAGAUUAGUAAUUUUGAAUGAGUGUCAAGUGACAAUUUGACUUGAAAGGAAGAAAUUGAAAUGACAAGAUUGAAUUUUGAUACAAAUAUGGUGUUUAUAAUGUUGUAUUUCCCUUUUCCAACUAAAGAAUCCUCCAAUAAUGUACAGAGCAAUAAAUACUUGAUAUAUGUUUCCAGUGGUAGAGCCAUACAUAUAGCAAUUUCAACAAGCUGAGCUCAGUGUACUUGUGUGUGUAGGUAAUAAAUAUAUAUAUGCUUUUAUUCAUAUAUCUCUUUGAUGCAGGACAUGGAAUUUUGAAUGCCAAGGUAUGUUAACUUUCGCUUCUUCUGAUACUAAUUUUUAAUGUCAUAGGUGGAUAGAGAAAAGCUCAAGGAUGGAAGUGAAAGGAGGAGCCUGCAGGCAGGAUGCAUGGCGGAAUGUGGCUGCUCAACCAAGUCCACAUGCCAAGGACCUCCACCAAGGCAGUAACCGAGAGGAGAAUGGUCCGCCUUCCAGGACAAGAGCCAAGAUUAAGAGAAAACACCGCGACACACCACUUGAUGAUUCUGAUUCCUCCAAAACUAAACAGGGGAAAGAAAAAACAAAUCAAGAAAACCAGUCAUCAGCAAGUAGAGGUCAACCAUUUUCUGCUGAAAUUUUGCCGGAAAAGCAUACACUAGAACUGAUUCUUGAUGUGCUGCAGAGGCAAGUUUUCUCCUACUUUUUUCUCCAGUAAAGCUCAGGUGCUUACCACUAGUUAAAACAUGAACAUGAACUACAUUUAGAUGUUAAAAGAAACAUCUGAAUGAUGGUUUCAUAAUCAUUCGAAAUAUUUGUUCUUUAAUUCUAUAUUCUAUAUGAUAUUAGGAGAGAUACAUACGAAAUAUUUGCAGAACCAGUUGACCCUGAAAAGGUUGGAGAUUACCACAAAAUCAUUAAAGAACCCAUGGACUUCGGCACAAUGAGGGCUAAACUACAUGAAGGAAUGUAUGCAACAUUUGAACAAUUUGAGCAUGAUGUAUUUUUGAUAUCUGGGAAUGCAAUGUGUUAUAAUUCUCCAGGAACCACAUAUUACAGACAGGUAAGUUUACAAUCAGCUCCCUCAAAAUAAUUGGAAAUACGUAUCCAGUUUAUGUGUUAAGUUAUCAAUUCUCCUUAAACUAGAAGGUGCUAGGAGGACUUUUUAGGAUUUUAUAUUGUAUCUUAUGAUUUAAGCUGUGGAAAAUAUAGUGUCUGAUAAUGUACAGGGUCGUGCUAUGGAUGAAUUAGCACAGAAGGUUUUCAAUGUUCUGAAGACUGAUCCUGAAAACUUUGAAUCUGAAUUCUCGGGUACAAGGAGAAGAUCUGGAAGGAGGUGUCAGGGCAAAACAAAGGACUGUGCCUUCAGCUCAAAUGCUAGAACUAGUACAAAUUUCAGAACUGGCGGUGUGACAAGUGACGUCUCCUCCAAGGAAAAACGAAGCCAUUCAUCAACUUCCAGGAGAAAACUGCGAGGCAUCCCUUUAGCUGGUAGGACAGGAGCUCGCUGUGAUCAGUAUGAUUCAUUCUCAGGUGCUCGAGAUGAUACUGGAUCUCUUCUUGAUAUACCAGAUAGGCGCAGCACAUGUACUCCUGAGAUGCUCUUUUCCAAUACUAGUGAGUCGAGACUUGCACACUUUAAUGCUGAUCCCAGACCAUUUCUGCUUGUGGAUCAGAACGAUAUUAGCUACAAUAAAAGCUUAAUGUUGUUUGUUAAAGAUUUAGGACGGACAGCACAAAUGGUGGCCAGACAGAAGCUAAAAGGCACUCAAAACAAUGUUGGUCAGAUUCAGGACGCUGCCCUGAGUGGCUGGGAAACCGACAUCAUGACUGAUACAUACUCUGAAAAAAAAGUAGUUGACCUGAUCCUUAAGGAAAAUCACACUGUCAGAAACCCCAGAUCUGACAUUGUAAAAGACAAGUGGACUGAUGCUGAUCAUGAUGGAAAAGAGAGAUGCUUUAACAAAAUUGGAGUGCCUCGUGAUAAAAUCUCCGGUCCUAACCUUAACGAGAGACCAAUGGAUGAGGGUAAUUCAAAUGCAAGUGAAAAAUCAAGUAAGAGGCGAAGGAAAAAGAACCAUUGCACUAACAAACCUCUGGAUCCGGGAUCAGAAAGCUUUCCAUCAACUUUUGGGAUGGUAACUAACAAGAGUAGCAGUUCAAAUAAGUGGCAAUUGGCUGACAGUAUGCGCACUAUCAGGAAACAUGCAUCCAAGUCCACGGCAACAUCAAAUACUCAAGUGCCUCGCUUACAAGAUUUAGAGAGCUGUCACUCUAAAUCUAACACAAAAGACAAGACAAUUACAACUGUCGGGACGACAUCAUCUCCAUGGAGCACAGGGCUUACAAGUUUUAGUAGCCAGUUGAGUUCCAAGUAUCAAGGCACAAUAAAUCCAGCAGACAAAAAUCACGAUCCAAGUGACAAGGGAGGCGGGGUAACAAUGAUCAGUAGCAGCAGUAAACCUGGAAUAUCAACAGGAUCAUCCUCCACCAGGUUCACAUUUGACAUUCCAUUCCUACAAUCACAACUGAAUCAGAUGAAAGUCAUGGGACAGGACAAAGACAGAUCAGAAGUGCAACGAGGAUUAUUAACACAACCAAACUCAUUAUCAGCACAAGCAAUUCAGAAACACGGAGUUUUGUGUGAUCCAAAGGGUGGUUACAUUAAGGUGCCUGUUCACUUUGCUGACCAGCCAAGCUCCUUAUCAGCAGCUCAGUCAUUCUUCCAUAUCCAGAAAGAGCCGCAGUCAGCUCUGCGUUCACUUUCGCUUGUUAACAGCGCCAGUGCUGCUACUUUUUCUACUGCUUCUGCUGCUGAUGACACCAAACUCACACUUAAACUGUGACAACCUAUAGCUAAGGAAGUGAUCUGAUAUGGCUGAGAUGGUCCUGUCCAAAGCUUGUUUAGUCAGAGUUGAGUUAAUGUAACUACUCAUUUGUAGUACAUGAUUGCUUUUCGUAUAUUGUUGUCUAAUAUCAAGGAAACAUGGCAAGUCAGUCAGGUACUAGGAUGUAUACAAAAUUUUCUUUUGAGUGGGCUGUAAAAUCGUCAAAAUCUUAUUUGUAUAACUCAAAAUGGAGUCGAAAUAAAAUCA